GAGGGCUCUUAAUCCCUCUCACAUUAUUUUUUCUUUGUUUUUCUUCAUCCUUUCUACCCCACAGUUUGGGCUUCUAAGCUCGCCCUCAAUCUGAUCCAAUGCCAAUGGCAACCCCAAAUGCUUUUGCAGAAAUAAUGCCGCCAUCUGCAUCGUCUUCAACUCCAACGAAAGCAGUGCGGUACGAUGUGUUCAUAAACCAUCGUGGCCCUGACACCAAGCAAAACCUAGCCGCAUCAAUAUACGGUGCCCUCAAACCCCUGGGAAUUGAAGUUUUCUUAGAUGAAUUGGAGCUUCAACUUGGUGAUUGCAUACCAUCCGAAUUACAAUAUGCAAUCAAUACUUCUUUCCUUCACAUUGCAAUACUUUCACCCAGAUAUGCAGAAUCCCCUUGGUGUUUGGAAGAGUUGCGGCUUAUGCUCCGAACUGGCAAGACAAUCAUUCCAGUGUUCUACGGUGUUGAUCCCGGUCAUCUCCGUCGGAUGAAAGGACCCAUUGCUCAAGCAUUUUCCAAGCUUGAAACUCAGGCCAGAUAUACUCCACGAAAGCUUGAGGAUUGGAAAAUGGCGUUGCAAGAGGUUUCAAAAUUUAAAGGCCACAUAGUCGAGGAGGAUGAUGAAAGAAUGUUGAAGGAGAAUAUUACAAGUUAUAUAUUGGAACAUUCUAAAAGGUAUUCAUUUGUGGUGGCUGAACAUCCUGUGGGUCUAGAUGAAAUCUUACAAGAUUUUGAAAGAAGUGUAAAGAUUUCAAAAGAUGUAAAAAUUGUGGGGAUAACAGGUAUGGGUGGGAGUGGAAAAACCACAUUGGCAAAACACUACUACAACAAGAAGAAACAGUCUUUCUAUAAAUAUAGUUUUGUUAGCCUGCAAGAUACAUCUAAUAAAAAUUUGUAUAAGAAACAGGAAAAAAUGUUUGGAGACAUUGUUGGCCCAGAAUACACAUCACUUGCUAGUAUGGAAGAAGGAAAAGCAAUCCUAGCAGAGUAUUUGAGUUCUGUUCAGAUAUUUAUUAUCUUAGAUGAUGUAAAUGAUCUAAAGCAAUUGGAUUCUCUCCUGCCAGUAAAAGACAAUCUUAACCAAAAUAGUAUAAUUGUAAUUACAAGUCGAGAUUCCGGUAUACUCACAUCAUGGGGAAUUCCUUCUGAUUGCAUUUAUAAGAUGAAGGGAUUAAAUACCGAGCAUGCCAUGGAACUCUUUUGCUGGAACGCUUUAGGGCAACUCUCUCCAAUAAAUGAAUUUGAAUAUCUUGUUCAAAAGUUUUUGGAAGUCUGUCAGGGAUUGCCAUUGUCCCUCAAGGUAUUAGGACGACUUGUGCGUGGAGAGUCCAAGGAAUUUUGGGAUGAUCAACUAAACCAACUCUCUAGAAUACUGCCAGAAGAAAUUGAAAGUGUGCUGAAAGUGAGCUUUGAUGCACUAAAUAAGGAAGCCCAGGAGGUAUUUUUAGACAUAUCUUGCUUCUUUACAGGAACCGAAACAGAAACAGAUUCGGUCAUCACAUUGUGGGAUGGGUCCGGAUGGAGUGGGCUGUGUAGUUUAAAAAAACUUGUGAACAAGUGUUUGGUUGACGUAAAUGAGAGCAAGUGCAUCAGAAUGCAUGAUCAGCUGAGAGAUCUGGGAAGACAAAUUGCAGAGACAAGGCCACCGUACCGACUUUGGUCACGGAAGCAAAUUGACCACAUUGAGGAACAGGGGGAGCAAAUUGUGCUUAUCCGGGGAAUUAAAGCAGAAACAGAUGAAUUUUAUGAAGAUGCUAUGAAUCUUGUGAGGGGAUCCAAUAUUUCUAAGCGGCGUUUAGAAAUCCUGGAUGUGAAAAAUAAUUAUUUUACAGAAGAAUUGGCAACAGUAGCAGAACCACUUAUCUGGCUGCGAUGGGGCAACUUUCCGCAUACAGCUCUUCCGUCAUGGAUUCCCAUGAAGAAGUUGAGAGUUUUAGAGCUUCGUAAGGCUUCUAAAUUAGAAGAAUUGUGGAGCGAGGAGGCCGAUCCUCCUGUGCAGCUGAUUGUGCUGAAAAUCAUUCAUACCGGAAGUUUCCUGCGAUUUCCAAGAUCAAUAAGGUUUCUAAAGGAUUUGAAAAAAAUAUCCUUGCAUUCCGAUGGAGCUCCUAUCGAAGGUCUGCCGGAGGAGUUUUGCCUUCUCCAAUCGCUGGAGUGCCUCGAGUUAGGUGGAUGCCGUAAGCUCAAAUCUUUGCCCAGCAAGUUCGGUAAUUUGACAAAUCUGCGACGUCUAGUUUUGGAAGGAUGCAGUGGGAUCGAAGUUCUGCCAGACGGGUUUUGCCGUCUCCAGUCGCUGGAGUUUCUCAACAUAAAUGUAUGUCAUAAGCUAAAAGCACUGCCUAGCAAGUUUGGCAAUUUGACAAAUCUGAGGGAGCUACGUAUGCACUAUUGCAAAGAGAUCGAAGUUCUACCAGCAGAGUUUGGCCGUCUCCAAUCGCUGAAUUUGCUCGACUUGAAUGGAUGUCAUAAGCUAAGAUCGCUGCCUUGCAAAUUGAGCGAUUUGUCAAAUCUGAAGCGUCUAAAUUUGGGUAGAUGCAGUGGGAUCGAAGGUCUACCAGAAGAGUUUGGCCACCUCCAAUCGUUGAAGUCUCUCAACUUAAGUGGAUGUCAUAAGCUAAGAUCGCUGCCCAGCAAGUUCGGCGAUUUGACAAGUCUGGAGUAUCUAAUUUUGGAAGGAUGCAGUGGGAUCGAAGGUCUACCAGAAGAGUUUGGCCACCUCCAAUCGUUGAAGUCUCUCAACUUAAGCGGAUGUCAUAAGCUAAGAUCGCUGCCUUGCAAAUUGAGCGAUUUGUCAAAUCUGAAGCGUCUAAAUUUGGGUAGAUGCAGUGGGAUCGAAGGUCUACCAGAAGAGUUUGGCCAACUCCAAUCGUUGAAGUCUCUCAACUUAAGCGGAUGUCAUAAGCUAAGAUCGCUGCCCAGCAAGUUCGGCGAUUUGACAAGUCUGGAGUAUCUAAUUUUGCAAGGAUGCAGUGGGAUCGAAGGUCUACCAGAAGAGUUUGGCCACCUCCAAUCGUUGAAGUCUCUCCACUUAAGCGGAUGUCAUACGCUAAAAACGCUGCCCAGCAAGUUCGGCGAUUUGACAAGUCUGGAGUAUCUAAUUUUGCAAGGAUGCAGUGGGAUCGAAGGUCUACCAGAAGAGUUUGGGCACCUCCAAUCGUUGAAGUCUCUCCACUUAAGCGGAUGUCAUACGCUAAAAUCGCUGCCCAGCAAGUUCGGCGAUUUGACAAGUCUGGAGUAUCUAAUUUUGGAAGGAUGCAGUGGGAUCGAAGGUCUACCAGAAGAGUUUGGCCACCUCCAAUCGUUGAAGUCUCUCCACUUAAGCGGAUGUCAUACGUUAAAAUCGCUGCCCAGCAAGUUCGGCGAUUUGACAAGUCUGGAGUAUCUAAUUUUGGAAGGAUGCAGUGGGAUCGAAGGUCUACCAGAAGAGUUUGGGCACCUCCAAUCGUUGAAGUCUCUCCACUUAAGCGGAUGUCAUACGCUAAAAUCGCUGCCCAGCAAGUUCGGCGAUUUGACAAGUCUGGAGUAUCUAAUUUUGGAAGGAUGCAGUGGGAUCGAAGGUCUACCAGAAGAUUUUGGCCACCUCCAAUCGUUGAAGUCUCUCGACUUAAGCGGAUGUCAUACGCUAAAAUCGCUGCCCGGCAAGUUCGGCGAUUUGACAAAAUUGCGGACUCUAAAGUUGUGGAAAUGCAAUGGGUUGAUGAUCCCAACGGAAACACUUGCACAGCUUACUAGCCUUGGUCUUCUGAAACUUUCCGGUUGCCUUGAGCACACAGAAUUGGUUAUUCAGCCGGGGUGCUUUUCUUCAUUUAGUAGCCUCACAUCAAUGGCAGUAGGUUACUGUCCUGUGUCUAGGAUAUCCAUCUCUCAACAAUGUUGCCCCAGUCUGGAAACUCUACAUCUUUCUCACAAUCAAGACUUAGUAGAGAUGGAUUGUUUGCCAACAUCAGUCAGCUACAUAUAUUUGGACAGAUGUCCAAAGUUGGAAAGCAUAAGCCUUAAUUCAUGUGGUCCCGUGCAGACGUCGAGUAUAAACGAGUGUGGGAAGCUCAGGAAAAUAAAAGGAUUACAAAAUUGCAGACGCUUGCAGAUAUCAAAUGGAGAAGCUUGCAGCAAGGUGCCUGUCUUAGAAUGUCUGAAGGGUAUGGAGAGUUUGCAGAGUGUAAGCCUCACAGCAGCAUGUGACAUAUCAGCAUUUGAAGCUUUCCUUCAAACCUUAAAUAGAGAGAAAUGGCCAAAGGAAUGUGUAAUAAGUUGUAGGACAGCGCCUGGCGUGGAGGCAAUUAUCAAGUCUUUGGCCUUUCCUGCUCUCACUUCGGUUGACUCGUUCGACCGGCAGAGGACUAGUAGGCGUUUUUGGCGGUAUAAGUUUGUGAAAGAGCGUUCUACCAACGAGGCAGAGAUGAUAUGCCUUGUUAUAGAUUCUCCUUCCAAUGCCAUCGAUCUAUACUUGGAUGAUAUGCCUGGUAGAGUGCGUGUGAAUGAAGGAAAAUGGGUAUACAUAGUUGUUUUCACAGGAUCUGUCCCUGUGCGAACCAAAGUUUCGUUCUGCCUGUAUUCAACCCGACGGGAAGGUGAAGGUCCGAUAGAAGUUGAUUGUGUAGAGAUGGGAGUGCUAGCGAUGGGUGAGGAAAAGAGAGUCGUGGAUGCUUUCUUUGAAGUAGUGCAACUUUUGGGAAAAGUAUGUCAUAUAUGUUGCGAGGGUCGAUAAUAGUAAAUUUAUAGAUUUGAGUAAUUAUAAAGAGAGGAUAAUUUA